AUGCUUUCCGCCGUUCGAAUCAUCCGCUCUCCCUUGAAACGAGUCAUCACACAAUCACGGACCGCCACCUCUCAAUCGCAGAAACGCGCAGGCGAUAUCUCGGACGCGUUUGUGUCGCUCUCUGGGCAGCAAUUCGGUCCCCUCUCUCCAGAAUAUGCUGAGCUCAAAAGCCGUCUGAUUCGCGGUAAUGAAGACGCAGUUCGUGAGUCUUGGAAUCGAUUACUCCGAGACCUGAGGAAGGAAAUACCAGCAAUCGUUGAGCUCGGUAGUCAAGUCAUACCCGAAAUUGACUUCAAAGACCUUGAUAAUGCACCGCAAACCUUCAGUAAAGAGCUGAGGCUGAUGGGUGUUGCUGUCAUUCGGGGUGUCAUACCAGAGCAGCAAGUUUUACAAUGGAAGCAAGAAUCAAGGGAGUACAUACGAGCAAAUCCCAAAACCAAAGCGUUUCCACCUGACAACCCUCAAGUCUUUGAAUUGUACUGGUCACGGGCCCAACUCCUCGCACGCGGUAACCCCAACCUCCUCAAAACACAACGCUUCCUCAUGUCCUACUGGCACAGUGCAACGCCUCAUGCACCACUCUCCGUGAGACACCCCAUUAGCUACGCAGACCGUCUACGCAUGCGUCUCCCAGGCGAUGCCAAAUUCGCCCUUGGCCCACACGUUGACGGUGGAAGUGUGGAACGCUGGUCUGAAGAAGGCUACGGACUGGGAAAAGUUUACGACGCGAUCUGGAAAGGCAAAUGGGAAGAGUUUGAUCCCUGGGAGGCAAGCUGCCGACUCCCUGUCGUAUCGGAUCUGCAUAAUGGUGUAGGAGCGUGUAGUGCAUUCCGCAUGUUCCAGGGCUGGUUGUCCAUGUCCAACACUGGACCUUUUGAGGGUACAUUACUUGUUAACCCGCUUCUAGCGAAAGCAACAGCAUACUAUCUACUACGACCAUUCUUCUCACCAAAGCGCGGCGUGGAUCCUGGAGCACAGCCUGCAUCUGAAGCCAUCUCCAAUACCGCAGACUUCCUCGCAUCAGAUAACUGGGAGAUGGAUAAGACUGCCUCAGCUUGGGUCCAAGGUGCGACUCCAGGACACGGCCAGGAGUUAUCACAUCUACUGCAUCCGCAUUUGAACCUACAAAAGACUAUGAUUCAUGUGCCCACAGUCAGACCCGGCGACUAUGUGGCAUGGCAUUGCGAUACAAUUCACUCGGUUGACAGGACCCAUGCAGGCAAAUCAGAUUCAAGUGUAUUGUACAUCCCAGCAUGCCCUAUGACUGAGGAUAACGCCAACUAUCUGGUACGCCAACGCGAGAACUUUGUCAAUGGAACCCCUAGCCCCGACUUUGGGGGAGGUGUAGGAGAGAGUGAGCACAAAGGUCGCGUCGAGGCUGAAGAUAUGAUGGAUCUGGUUGGUGAAGAGGGCUGUAGAGCCAUGGGACUCGUAGAGUGGGAUAGCGAUGCUGCUGGUCUGACGCCUGGCGAGAGAGUGAUUCUGGAUCGGGCGAAUAAGAUUCUCGGCUUCUAUGAUUAG